UAGAGUCCCAACCUUAGACCAGUACUCCGUACUCCGUACGACUAUAAUCAAACUUAAGUAUCCCACAAGUCAAUGGCUCAAAGUCAUCUUAUGUUCCACCAAAACAUAAGAUUGCUAAAAGAAGUCCCUCAUUUUGCAUGUAGUUCCCUCCCCAAAAGAAACGAGGUCAUUAGAUAUCCGAUUAUAAUUUACCCACAAAACAGUCCAAUUUGCUGCACAAUUCGGCGUCAAUCACUCCGACGAAGCAGUUGCACAACCCCAGCAAUGGCCAACUCCGCCGUGAAUGCCGCCGCUUCAGUUCCUUCGAAGCCCACUAUCACUCACGUUUUAUUUGACAUGGAUGGUCUUUUACUAGAUACUGAGAAGUUCUAUGGAGAAGUUCAGGAACAUAUACUGGCUAGAUACAAUAAAACAUUUGACUGGUCUCUCAAAGCAAGAAUGAUGGGAAUGAAAGCAAUAGAAGCUGCUAGGAUCUUUGUUGAAGAGACUGGAAUAAGUGACUGUCUUUCAGCUGAGGACUUCAUUGUAGAAAGGGAGGCAAUGCUGGAGACCAUGUUUCCAACGAGUGAGCUAAUGCCAGGGGUAGAAAGAUUGAUCAAACAUUUGCAUGCACACCAAGUGCCAAUCUGUGUUGCCACUAGCUCCCACAAACGGCAUUUUGAGCUGAAAACUCAAAGACAUACAGAACUAUUUGCUUUAAUGCAUCAUAUUGUUACUGGAGAUGACCCAGAAGUCAAGCAAGGAAAGCCAUCUCCUGAUGUAUUUUUGGCAGCUGCCAGAAGAUUUGAAGGUGGACCUGUAAAUUCAAAGCGUUGUCUUGUAUUUGAAGAUGCACCAGCAGGAGUUGAAGCUGCUAAAAAUGCUGAAAUGUCUGUGGUUAUGAUUCCUGAUCCAAGGUUGGACAGCUCGUAUCACGCUGUUGCUGAUGAGGUUCUGAAAUCUUUAACGGACUUCAAUCCUGCAGAAUGGGGCUUGCCUCCUUUCGAAAGUGCAACAUGCUAAGUUUAUACUCCCUCCGUCCCGGAAUACUUGACCUGUUUUCCUUAUCGGGCCGUCCCUUAAUACUUGACUUGUUUCUAAAAAUGGAAAUAUUCCAACAAUAUUAUAUUAUUUCUCACUCCACCCAUAUUAACCCACCUACCCCCUACUCCAUACAAAAAAUAAUUAAAAAUUCAACCCCUACUCUCCCAACCCCACCCCUUUACACAUUUCCCACUAACUACAUUAAAAUAAUACUCCACUAUCAACUACUACCUAUUAAAUUAAAUAAGUCAAUUCAAGUUCUUUAAACUCUGUGCCGGUCAAACCGGGUCGAGUAUUCCGGGACGGAGGGAGUAACACUUAGUGUUGCAUCAGCUGCAGGAAUGCUACUUAGUCAAAGCGCCCAUCUUCAAGCCGCCUCAUUUUUCUUUUUGCAGUGUUUUACAAACACUAUUUCGAUUAUUUGCCUCCUUAUUUGUGGAGUGUUGCAUGUACAGUUGAUUAUUUACCCUCAUUUUUCAAAAUUUAUUUAUCACAUGAAACAUUUGUAA